AUGGGCAGCAGGCUGCGGGAGGUCGGUCUCACAGAUUCUGGUGCCGAGGAUCUCGUCUCCGCUCUCACUACAAACCCAUCACUGACGGAGCUGGACCUGAGUAUUAAUGAACUGGGAGAUUCAGGAGUGAAACUGGUGUCUGCGGCUCUGAAGAACCCGGAGUGUAAAAUACAGAGACUGCGGCUGCGGGAGGUCGGUCUCACAGAUUCUGGUGCCGAGGAUCUCGUCUCCGCUCUCAGUACAAAAUCAUCACUGACGGAGCUGAACCUGGGAUUUAACUCGCUGACAGACCGAUCUGUCCCCGCUCUCCGCCGUCUCAUACUGACCCUCCCGAGACUGGAGCGGAUCGGGUUGGAUGACAAUCAGUUCAGUCGGACCGGGAGGAAUGAACUGAGAUCUCUGCAGGAACCCAGACCCGGACUGACAGUGUCCGUGUGCACAGCCCGCCCGCGGGAUGCCGACAUUUUGGCCGAUUCCCCGCCCUCCCCUUUAACUCCCGCCCUUACCUUUAAUGGCCGCGCGCCAGGUUUAAUUCCCACGUUCGCUGUUCUCCCGUAGUGACGUAUUUCCACCUCCUGUCCAGCGGCGCAGCUUCCGCCGGAUGUGCGGGUUCGAGACCCCGGGGAAUGACACAGACGGGAAGAGCCCGGGGUCCGGGGCUCAGCCUGGGACACCGGUGUCCCGGGCUGGGAUUAUCCCGGGAGUACGUAAUGCUGGCUGGCCUGCUGCGUUCACGGGCAACUUUUACGUUUGAUGCCGGGGAAUUACACAGACAGGAAGGGCCCGAUGAUGGCGGGUUUUUUUUCUGAGACACGGGUGACUCCUGACCGGCGUGGAUAACUUCACUCACAUAAUCUCUGAACUGAUUCCACAACCUACGGACUCACGUUCAAAUAAUUUACAACUCGUGUCAGUAUUAUUUAAUAUUUUAUUUGCACAAAUUUCCUUUCCUUUGCACGUUGCUUGUUGGUUAGACUUUGUUUUUGUAUAGUUUUUUCAUAAAUUCUGCUAUAUUGAUUUAUUGUCCUGUAAAUGACUGCAAUUAAAUGAAUCUCAGUGUAGUAUAUGGUGACAAAUAAGAACUUUGAUAAUAAAGAACACGCAUCAAAGUUGCUGGUGAACGCAGCAGGCCAAGCAGCAUCUCUAGGAAGAGGUACAGUCGAGACCCUUCGUCAGGACUAACUGAAAGAAGAGCUAGUAAGAGAU